AUGAAGACAGGCAACCUUUGCGAGCUUUGCAAAGUGGAGGCCUCCGUUUACUGCUCGGCAGACUCUGCUCUUCUCUGUUGGAAAUGCGAUCACAAGGUUCACCAUGCCAACUUCCUUGUCGCUCGUCAUCUCCGUCAGAUUCUCUGCUCGAAAUGUAAAUCUUCUUCUCAUAAUCUUUGCAAAGCUUCUUCUGAAAAACCCAACCACCCAAUGGCUUGUUCCACUUUCUCGUCUUCUUCUUCUUCUUCCUCCUCCUCUCAUUGUUUAUCAACAAGUGAAUCUUCUUCCAACGGUGUUAAACCCAAAAGGGUAUGUGUAACAUCGACAUCAUCCACCGUUUCACAUUCGGAGGUUUCGGAUGCGAAUGGUUUGGAGAGAACUCAAUGCAACCUUUUCAAAGCCACUCAAAGAUUUGCUAUAGAUCAGCAGAAGAGGCUAUCAUUUGAAGAAGAGCAGGGUGUUGAAACAAUGGAGGAAGCCAAAGUUGCUUUGCGGAAAGUUUUUAACAUGGAUUUUUCGGAUGCCUAG